UCUGCCCGAGAGCCCCGAGCGGAGGCGCCGUAGCAGGUCGGGCCAUUUCGCCACCGCCGCCUCCACCACCUUUCUCCUCGCCGCUCUCGUUGUAGUCGUCCUUCGGCCCUGAGCAUGGCGUGCGGGGCGACGCUAAAGCGGCCCAUGGAGUUCGAGGCGGCGCUUCUAAGCCCCGGCUCACCGAAGCGGCGGCGCUGCGCCCCCUUACCGGGCCCCGCGCCGGGCCUGCGGCCCCCGGACACUGAGCCGCCGCCUCAGCCUCUGCUCCAGCCGCCGCCGCCGUCCCCGCCCGGCAGCGAGCGCCGCCUGCGGACCCCGGAGCAAAUAUUUCAGAACAUCAAACAAGAAUACAGUCGCUAUCAGAGGUGGAGACAAUUAGAAGUUGUCCUUAAUCAGAGUGAAGCCUGCACUUCAGAGGGUCAGUCACAUUCUUCAGGACUUACAGCACCAAGUUCACCAGGUUCAUCCUGGAUGAAAAAGGACCAGCCAACAUUUACAUUACGACAAGUGGGACUAUUGUGUGAACGUCUUUUAAAAGACUAUGAAGAUAGGAUUCGGGAGGAAUAUGAGCAAAUCCUCAAUACAAAAUUAGCAGAACAAUAUGAAUCUUUUGUGAAAUUCACACAUGAUCAGAUCAUGCGACGAUAUGGGACAAGGCCAACAAGCUAUGUGUCUUGAAUUUUCUUUGCAUAUCUGGGUACCUGGUCUGACCUCAAGAGAUGGCUGCUGUACACUUUUGCAACUGGUUUGAUAUCACAUUUCAGCUCCAACUUUGCAUCCUGAGAACACUUAAAAUAUCUCUGCAGGUCCAUUUUUAUAUAACUUGAAAGACCUUGAAACUUUCUGGUUGCCACAAGCAUAACUUUCUUUUCUGCUCAGCCAAUAAACAGCUGUGCCCUACCACGAGAUAUUUCCCAAACACAAAAUACAUGGAGCAGCAGUUUAGCAACGUAAGCCUUCAUUGGCAACUAAGCAGAUGGAUCGUCUCCCCAAGCCCAGUUCUGUAAGGUGUGUGUGUGGGUGUGUGUGUGUGCAUGUCUGUAAGAGUGAG